CGAAAGUAGAAUAUAAACGUUGAAAUUCAUAUUUUCAUACGAAAUUAGGAAUUAUUAAAAGUAAUAUUGAACAGACAGAACUUUGACUGAUUGAUUUGAUGUGUUGUUCAAGAUAAUUGUAAUCUUUUUGGUGUUUUUUUCGCCGUAUUUCUGAAAUUAAUCUAUCAUUUCGUGCGUUAUCAAUUCAUUAUUUUUUGUUUAUUGUGACUGUGCUACUUGUUGACAAAAUGCAGCUACUCAGCUGUAUUCUGUCAUUGACAAUCAUCAGUACAACAUUUCAUUAUUGCCUUGCUUCAGAAGAGGAAAAUAACGCACCCACCGAGAACUGUUACGAUUGCUCAUUCAAGGACACAUCCACACUGCCCGAUGUCAACCAAUGCUCAUCGAGUCUGAACGAAAAAGAUGAACGUUUACUACGCAUCAUCGAAUACGGCCUGAAAACUAACUGCUUUAUAUCAGAUCCAUGCCGUCGAGUUCACAGCCCCUUCGAAUCACCACACGAAACCAAAAUCACCGAUGAAAGUUUCGACUUCAUAAUAGUCGGAGCAGGAGUGUCAGGUUUAAUUCUAGCAGGAAGACUGAGCGAAAACCCAAAUCAUAAAGUCCUACUCCUGGAGGCAGGUCCUGAAGAGCCAUUAGGUCCUUCUGUGCCAUACUUCUCUAAUUCUGCACUAGACACAUCGGUUGAUUGGAAAUUCGAAACAGUGCCUCAGAAAAAAGCUUGCUUAAAAACCGGCGGAAUUUGCAAAUGGCCUCGGGGUAAAAUGAUAUGCGGUACUGCUUGUAUGACAGGUCUCAUGUACACCAGAGGCAGUCGACAAAUAUACGACAGCUGGGCACAGCAAGGAAACACCGGAUGGGGCUACGAUGAUAUCCUAGAAUACCACAAAAGAGCUGAAAACAACACCCAAUCGAAGGAUAAGAUCGAUCCCGAAUAUCACGGUUUCGAUGGCCCAAUGCAUAUUGGAAAUUUCCCCUAUCUUCCCAAAGUAGCCCAACUCAUGCUGGAGGCAGCUCAAGAGGUCGGAUUCGACGUACACGAUCUCAGUGGCAAGAAUCAAACUGGAUUCGGCGCCUCAUCAGUAAUGGUAGACAACGGUGUACGUGAUAGUCCAAGCAGAGCGUAUUUACGACCAGUUCUGCAUCGCGAAAAUCUCAAAAUUUUCAUCGAAUCGUUUGCCACCAAAAUAAUUAUAAAAAAUAAUCGAGCUAUAGGGAUCGAAUACCUGGAUAAGUUCAACCGAACUCGAAAAGUAUUUGCUAAAAAAGAAGUCGUACUAUCCGGAGGAGUAAUCGGAUCUCCACAACUGCUCAUGUUAUCCGGUAUAGGACCCAAGGAAAAUUUGCGAAAAUUGGGCAUACCAGUAGUGAAAGAUUUACCAGUAGGGCUCAAUGUACAUCAUCACGUCGGUAUCGAAACUACAUCCACAUUGAAAGACUUGCAGGAAUCCGAAUUCAACUACAGAGCACUCGAGGAGUACUUGAACGAACUGAAGGGCCCUUUUUCCAGCACCGGUUUGACUCAAGUAACCGGUUUCUUCGGCACUUCCAAAGCUUCUGAGGAUAUCCCAGAUAUACAAUUCUUUUUGGACGCUCAUGCGGAUAGAUUCAAGUGCAGAAGAUACACCAGCGAACCGAAUAAUCCCACCGUGUUGGGUCUGAGAGUAAUUUACCUUAUUACUAAAUGUCGAGGAACGAUUAGACUACGAUCAAAGAACCCUUUCGAUAAACCGAUCAUCGACGCUAAUUAUCUAUGCGAUGAAGAUGACGAAAACGCGAUUAUAGAAGGAAUACGAAAAAUGCAACAGAUCAUGAAAUCUAAGGCUUUUUCGAAGUAUUACAUCGGAUACGGUGCAUCGAAUGAGUCUUCUUGUGAAUCGUACCCCAAAGAUUCGGACGAUUAUUGGAGAUGUCAAAUACAAACCAAUACUUUGGGUGAAAAUCAUCACGCCGGAAGUUGUAAAAUGGGCUCGCCUGAUGACAGUACCACCGUCGUUGAUCCUCAACUUCGAGUACUCGGUAUACCUAAUCUUAGAGUGGUAGAUGCGUCAAUUAUGCCAACACCUAUCAACUGUAAUACCAUAGGACCUGUAAUAAUGUUCGGAGAAAAAGGAGCUCAGAUGAUCAAAGAUCAAUGGAACGAUUCGGAUAAUGGCAGACCUAUUUCUGAUGAACUGUAACACGCCCUCUUGCCCCAAUUUUUGAAUGAAAUCUGCAAGCUGACAUUUCAGAAUGCAGAAGACAUAUCGUCAAUCCUCGCCAGUAUGUCAAUUUUCAAGGAAUUCAAUAAUGAUUGAAUUGAGAAAUUUGCACAAUUAUGUAGAAAUUACACAUUGUUUAGAAAAAUCUAGAAAAUAUCACGAAACAUAUUAUUUCAAUAUUUUAUUUAAUCAGAAAUUUCGAUCAGAUGAAUCAUUUUUUGAAAAUAAAGAUGACUUUAAUUUAAUGCUCUUGAUGACAAUUUUUCAGUAGAUAAAAAAUUGAAAAAUGUUCAUCAAUAUCUGACAGGAAGACUGUGAAGUGAAUAGAAAGGAAAUGAUAAGCGCUGAUGAGUUUUUAUCGACAGUAAAUUUAUAAAAUCAUA